CCCCUGAACAGCAGUGCGCAUUCGCGCGACCUUGAAAAUUGCAUCCUGACGAAAGUUCGCUUAAAGUUCUUCCCCGGCGAUGAUUUGAAAAUCGCACAAAAAUGUGCCUCAAACUCCGCUGCUGCACGAGCGGAACCAGUUCCGACAGUCAGGACGAGCAAGCGGUCACCAAACCAAAGCUUCCCAUCGUAUACCGACGAGAAUACGGCGUCCGGUUCUGCGGCCUCCAGCGACUGCACCCGUUCGACGCGGCCAAGGGCGGCAACAUCUUCCGACUACUGAAGGCCGGCCACCUAAUCCACAGUGACGACGAUGUCCACCGACCAAAGGAGAUUACCACCGCAGAGCUGCUGGACGUGCACACCAAGCGGUACAUCGGCAGCCUAAAGUGGAGCCUCAACGUGGCCAAAAUCGCCGAAAUCCCUCCCCUGCUCUUCGUGCCAAACUACUUUGUCCAGCGGAGCUACCUGCGGCCGAUGCGCUUCCAGACGGCGGGUUCGCUGCUUGCGGCCAAGCGUGCCCUGGAAUCCACCAGCGGUCACCAGUGGGCCAUCAACUUGGGCGGCGGCUUCCACCAUUGUAGCGCCGACCGCGGCGGAGGUUUCUGUCCGUACGCGGACAUAACCCUGACGGUGCGCAUGCUGCUCGGCAGCGGGCGCGGUAUCGAGCGCGUCAUGAUCGUAGAUCUGGACGCCCACCAGGGCAACGGGUACGCGCGGGACCUGCUUGAGGAACGCGGCCGCACCGUGUUCAUCAUGGACAUGUACAACUACCGGAUCUACCCGCGGGAUCAGGAGGCCAAGCUGGCCAUUUCGCGGGCGGUCGAGCUAAAGCCGCACACCGAGGACGAGGAAUAUCUGAGGAAGUUACGCGACGGGUUGUCCCGGUCGAUGGACCAGUUUCGGCCCAACUUUGUGAUCUACAACGCCGGGACGGACGUGCUGAAGGGGGAUCCGCUGGGCGUGCUGGACAUUACCCCGCAGGGAGUGAUUGAACGGGACGAGAUUGUGUUUUCGAUGGCCCGGGAAAGGUCGGUUCCACUGGUGAUGCUGCUCAGUGGGGGAUAUUUGCGAAGCUCGGCGAGAGUAAUUGCCGAUUCGAUUCUGAACUUGAACGAGAAGGGACUACUUCCGGUGCAGCAGUGACUAUUUGAAGUUGAUUUUAAAAGAGUGGCCUCUAGUCCUGUAUGUGAUGUUGAUACCUUUAUAACUCAAAUGUAAAAUUUCCUGAAAUUUAAAAUUUUGCAAUAAAUUGAUUUCUCCAAAACUAUAGAUCU